AUGGAAACUGGACGAAACGAAACACCCCUUUUGCUUUUUCGUUUUGUCUCUAAAUUUUUAUUAUGCGCCAUUUCUGGAACUCUCACAGCAUGUUUUGCCGUUGCGGGGGCUUUAACAGGAGCUGUUGCUGGUGCUUUAGCAGCUAAGGCUACAAAGAGUGGUUUUCUUCGGGGAGUUUCAUUGGGGGCCAUUGCUGGGGCUAUACUCUCGGUUGAGGUAUUGGAAGCUUCCCGUGCGUACUGGUGUAUGGAGCAAACUGGUUCACGAGGAACGUCAUCUAUGGCAGAUUUCAUAGAGGAACUUGUUCGUGGAAGGCUUGUAGAAGAAUCGCUUACACCAGCUAUUUUAACUGCUUACAAUUUGCAAUUUGAGCAGGUUGGAAUUGCUAAUAACACUGGUUAUGAUGAGAUUCAUGAUCUUCAGAGCUUAGUAGCAUCCAGAGGAUUGUCAGGUGAUUCAUUGAGUAAGCUACCGCACCAUAUGAUCAUGAAGGACAUGAAGGCAGAGGAUACUUUGUGUGCAAUAUGUUUACAGGAUAUGGAAGUAGGUGAAGUUGCAAGAAGCUUACCUCAUUGUUACCAUACAUUUCACUUGAUAUGUGUGGAUAAAUGGCUUGUGAAGAAUGAUUCAUGUCCUAUUUGCAGACAGAAUGUGUAG